UCCCUGACUGAUGGGAGCGACACCGUGUGUGGGAAAAUACCUCAGCCAAAGAGCUCGAGCAUUCACAUGCUAAUUCUUCCCUAUAAAUAAGAGGGGUGCGCCGCGCGGAGGGCCUUACAGACAUAUCCUAGACUCAGCCGGAAGGGGAGAGAUAUACUCCAUAUACAACUAUACCGAGCGUAAAGGAGAGAUGACAACCAGCGCCAUGGCGCACAACGUGGGGAGACACUCGAGUGCCAAGGAGGAGAGAAAGUUGCGCAAGCCGCUCAUUGAGAGGAAAAGACGGGAGAGGAUUAAUAACUGCUUGGAUCAGCUGAAAGAAACGGUCGUCGGGGCGUUCAGUCUUGACCAAUCGAAACUUGAAAAGGCGGACAUUCUAGAGAUGACAGUGAAACACCUGCAGAAUGUUCAGACACAUAAAUUCAGUGACCCCACCUUAGGCCUGGAAGCACAGCAGAAGUACAGCACAGGCUACAUCCAGUGCAUGCACGAGGUCCACAACAUGCUGCUCAGCUGCGAGUGGAUGGACAAAACAUUGGGCUCCCGCCUGCUCAACCACCUGCUCAAAUCCCUGCCCCGCUCAAGCGAAGAGCACCCCUCUCAGGCCAACCCCAACCUCAGGCCCGACGCCCCCACACCCAGCCAGGGGCCAGGAGCCCCCACUACACCCAUCAGAGGGGACCCCAGGUCUGGGAGGCAGGGCCAGAUGGAGGGGCCACUGUGCCAUGUGGUGGGGCCCCAGGACAAGCCCCUGCUCCUGCCUGGGAGCCCCCACCUGGGCAUGCUGGAGAUGUGGAGGCCCUGGUAAACUAAACCGGCCCUCUGGGUGUGUGCUGGAUCCCUAUGUUAGACCCUCCUCUGUUAUGUAUCUUAUAGAUAUGCUACUCAGAAGACAUUGUUUUGGAUUGUGGGGCGGUUGCGUUUCUGAUCUAGGUGUGGUAUAUAAACAGACCUCUCAGUACUUCCUCUCCGAAGUCUACUUUCCGUAGCCUGCAUUGUAGAAGGCUCUUAUUCAUCUUUUUCUUGUAUUUAUUGUAUUAACAUCUUUAUUUAUUGAAUAAUAAGAUAAAACAUGUAGCUUCUUAGCUGUAGUCACAAAUAGCUUUUGUACUCCUCCCUUUGUUGUAUAUUACUAACCAAUAUUAAUAAAAAUGUGU